CAUAGUUUAAAGGACAAAUAUUUAGCUGCUAAUAACUAUAAGAACAAACAAGAUGUUACUACCAUGUUUCAAGUUCCCAAGUAAAAACUUAAUAUUGCAUCAAAAUUGCUUUUUGAGAGUGUAAUUUAACAUUUAGGUUCGACUUAAGUUGUAAUGUAAAUGCUCGCAGUAUCUGGGCGGAACCUUAAUCAUCGAGCACUGGAGCGAUUCGGACUGUUUUUGCAGACGAACCGCUGCGCUCAGGGGAAUUUAAACAGUUUAGGAUGGCUCAAGCAGACAGCAGGGCUCUGGCUUUGGGCGUUCUGGCAGGGGCUGCUGGGAUCAGCCUGGCGAUCGCCUACUUCCGGAAAGUUGGAGCAGGUGGGGGCAGAGUCGUACACCUGAGCAGCAAUGCAGAUCACACGGGAGGCAGUCUGGGUCUGCAGACGGGCCAGGCCGAAGUGCUGGAUCGGCUGGGUGCUCUGAUACAUUGUGUGUCUGAGCUCAAAGAGGAGGUAAAAGCCCUGAAGGAGGCAAUUCCACACCUGCAGGACAACGUCAGAGAUCAGCUUAGGGGCCGGAGCAGGGAAGAAAUUGGUGCUCACAAGGCGAGUCCACUUCAUCGAACUCCCGCCAGAAGAAAAAGAGCUGGUGUCCCAGAGAGAACUGAAGGACAAAGCUCGGAAGAGGCAGAGAGUGAAGGAGGAUAUAUAACCGCACUGACCGACUCUGAGGAAGAGGAAAGUGACGAUGAACGAAAACCACUGCAGGAACCAGUGGAUGAACUCAUGCCUCUGUUGCAGAAAGCAGACCGACUGCACAGCUGUACCGGGGCUGAGAAAGCUCAAGGCCUGAAUGCUCUGCUGGAGAGGAAAGAAGAGUUUGAUCAGAAUGGGCAGUACCUUUGGCGGUUGUGUAGAGCCUAUGCAGAUGCACAUGAUUUUGCCAUGGACGUUGCAGAGAAGAAGAGCUACGCUGAAAACGGAAAAAAAGUUGGCGAAGAGGCAAUAUCCAUCAAUCCACUGUGUGCAGAAGGUCAUCAGUGGUAUGCUAUUCUUUGUGGACUCCUGACUGAAUAUGAGUCUAUUCAGAAUAAAAUUAAAAAUGGUUACCUUUUUAAGGAUCAUCUGCAUAAAGCGAUUGAGUUGAAACCUGAAGAUCCUCUGUCAUAUUACCUGCUGGGCCGCUGGUGUUAUGCUGUGUCCCAAUGUACGUGGAUUGAGAGGAAAAUCGCUGCUACUCUGUUUGGAGAGCCACCCAGUGCCACUGUCCAGGAUGCCCUGCAGAACUUCCUCAAGGCAGAGGAGAUCAGUCCCAAGUACUCGAAAUUCAACUAUGUGUUUUUAGCCAAGUGUUACAAAGACUUGGGUCAGAGGAGUCGUGCCCGACAGAUGUGUGACGCUGCCUCUGCGAUGAGUAUUGUGAUUAAAGAGGACGAGGAGGCACAGAAGGAAUUGGAUUCUCUUGUUGCAUCACUUUAAUACGUCUCCAACAGAAGGGAAAAAAGGCUCUAUGUCUUUGGGUUCCAUCUCUUUAGACUCGACUGUGACUGGACUGUAGCCGUUUACCCACAAACCAACAUAUGAACUACCGGUAUUAAUGUUGGCCAGGACACGUGAUUUAUUGUGUAGCUAUUAAAAUGAACAAUAUACUGUAUGUGUUUUACAGGACAGUUUCUUUUAAUUUUUUUCUUUUCUUUUUCCCCCAAGGAACAUUUUAGACAUUAACAGUAAUUGUUGCAAUACACAACAUGGCUGUCAUCUAUUGACAACGCCAUGACUAUCAGUGGCUGCCGUUAGAAGGAAGUUCACAUUAAUGAUAACUUCAAAAGCCACAAAAUCUUUCAGAUUCUAGAUAAAUUAAUCUUUCAGAUUUUGUAAAAAGAAUACAAAUGUUUAUAAUUACAGUACUUUGUGGAUUACCUGGGUGAAGUGACACUUGCAGCUUGCAACAUAUUCUGACCAAAAAUCUGUUUGACCAGAAUUAAAAGCAUCCAAUUACGUUUGUUUUAAUGUGCCUUUUAGGGGCAUGUUUUUGUGUGUACUUGUUAUCAGGAUUUCAUCCAAAAUUAUUAAUUUAUCUAGAGAUUAGUUCAUAAAACAGCAUGGCUAUCAAGUUAUAUUUGUGGAAUCUAGUUUACCUCCUAAUAAGUGUCUGAAACAAACCUUUGAAUAUCUUUCGAAGAACUUUCAAUAAUUAGUUUGUCCGAAAAGCCGCUGAUAUUAAUUAGACUGUGCAUGAAAGCUGAAAUUCUGCCAUAUAUAAUAUUUUUUAUAGCAUGUAUCUCCUUUUUACGGAAGAGGAUUUGGGUCAAACAAUAAUAAAAAAAAUAAAACCAU